UAUAUAUGUAUUUGUAUAUAAAUGUAUUUCUGUUUGUGAACUAAGUGUAAAAAUUAUUUGAACAAAAUGUUGGAUGCGGCAGCUGUGUUUUUCACAAUAACAAUUCCCACGGCCAGCGAGGAGCAGCGCUUGAAGGAUGCCUACAGGCGGAAGAUGAAUCUGAAGGCGACAGAUGAGAAUGGAUCCAUGGGUCUCAUACGGAAUAGCACGGGCAUGGAGACUGGAAUUGAUACCGGAACGAGCACGCUAAUGAGCAUGUCAUUGUCGGCCUUUGACGAGCAGAGCCUCCGCCUGUUUGAGUCACCUGACGGGCGUGUGGGCGUGGCCGGGGCCGGGGCCGGUGCAGCUGGCGGGGGUGAGCCAACAUUCAAUUGCAGACGUCGCUUGCCAACACAGCUGACAGAUGUGUCGGAGCGUGCCGAGUUGCUGGACUUACCUUUGGAUUCAGCCAUGGAGCACGUGCUGCAGCAGCUAUUGCGUAAGUUUGAAAUAACAAAUGCGCUCUGGGUGCGUAGCCUAGAUGGUGCCAGCUACCAGAUCACCUUCACCCUGGAAUUUAACGAAAUCUACGAGAAUCUCUACGAUGCACUGCAGCACUGGGGCAUCGGCGAACGUGAGGGUUCCGCCGUGUCCGUCAUGAAUUGCAUCGCCUCGAAAACCUAUCAAAACAAUCCCAAACAAUCCGACAAGCAGCCGGCGGCGCACAGCGAUGGCAACAACAUUCAUAACGCCCACAAACAGGGCACCUGGAAUCGUUUCAUGAACUCUGUGCGCUCCAGACUGAACGUCGCCCAAGUUGUUAGAGAUGUCCGCCUGGACGCGGCCAUCACAUUUGACUUUUGCAUACUUCUUGUCUCAGCAGCCAUCUUGGCAUCUUUUGGACUAAUUGAGAACAGCACCAUAUUUCUGGCCUCCAGCAUGCUGAUCUCCCCAUUGAUGGGACCCAUUAUUGCGGCCAUUUUCGGCACGGUGAUCGAGGAGCGAUCUCUGUGGCGAUUGGGCAUGCGCAACGAGUUAAUUGGCAUACUGCUGGCCACCUUGGUGGGCUUUCUCUUUGGCCUUGUGGUCUGCACCACGGACAAGAAGUAUGGCAUUGGCGAGGGACUGACGGAGGAGAUGCUCUCCCGCUGUGAUCUGCACUCACUGGUCGUGGGCCUCUUCACGGCCAUACCGUCGGGAGCAGCAGCUGCCAUUGGCAUACUGGGCGGCAAUAUUGGUUCGCUGGUGGGCGUGGCCAUCUCUGCCUCGCUGCUGCCGCCAGCUGUCAAUUCAGGUCUCCUGUGGGCCUUGGCCUGCAUUUACAAGCUGUAUGAAAAGGACGAUACGCUCUAUGUAGAUGUGGUCAAGUCGCGCACCUACUCCGAGAAUCAGGCAACAGAACUGGCUAUCCUGGGCACAAUUAGCAUGUGUUUAACUCUAUCCAACAUCCUAUGCAUCUACCUGAUGGGCAUUCUGGUGCUGAAGGUGAAACAGAUUGCUCCAGUGAUUGGACGCAGCAAUCGUCAGUUCUGGAUGCACGACAUCAAGGUGCCGAGGGGUGACGCUGCUAUUAUCGACGAGCUGCUGGCAGAUCUCGCUAAAGAGGAUACCCAUGGCGAUAUUCUGCGCCAUCUGGACGAGGCUGCAUACCAGCACACCUGGUCGCCGCGCAGCAUACGACAUAGCUUCUCCAUGCAGCCGGGUGUGGCGACCAUUCAUCGCCUGGAACAGCUCUACACACAAUCCUUGACUAAGCCGCCAGAGAGGAGGCCCCCAACAAAUCAACCAACCAUUGAGAGGCGCCACACACUGCGCUUGCCGAAAACUGAUGAGAUUCCAGUGAAUCGUGCUCGCAUCUGCAGCAUGCCCUCACACAGAGUCUCACAGCCGGAGAGAAUUGAUUCCAGCACUCGCAUCAAUGUGCCAGUUGUUCCACGCUUCACAGUCACGCCCGCCGCAGAGGAGCUGCUAAAUCACUAGUUUAUACUACAUUUAA